AUUGAAAACGAAUUGGAAAUUUCUACUAUGGACGCUCUUGCGAAGGGAUUGCAACUGGGAGAAGAUUUCAUGCAUUCUUCAGGAAAGGGCGGCGGCAUCGUACAAAACACGGCGAGCGAUGCACUUGUAGUAGUGAUAGCAGCAGCGAAAACUAGAAUGAAAAUGAAGGUAAUUAUGAUGCAUUUAUUCAUCG